AUGAGCGCGACGAUUCAGACGACGACGACGCGUGCGAGCGCAAAUUUUAAAGUUUCGACGAGAAGACCAUCUUCGAAACGAUCCGCCGCUGCUUCGAACUGUACCACUCAAAAAGGUUUGCGGAAAUGUAGUUUCAGGGACGAUGAUGGCAUAUCCAAAACUUCUCAUCAUCAUCUUCUCGAGAAGAAGGCUUUGGCGACGACAAAGACGACAAAGGGGACGAGGAAAGCGCACUUCGUUCCGAAAGCUUCCUCCUCUUCCGCGGUGACUUCACCGAGCGCGAAAUCUGCCUCGUCGGAGUUUGUUUGGAAAGGCGCGAAUUUGAAAGCAGCGGCGAUGUCGGUCGGUUUCGGUUUAUUCGUCUGUUUCGUCGUUCCGAGACCGGACGGGGUGGUCCCGCAAGCCUGGAAUUUGCUGUCUAUUUUCUUAGCCACGGUCGCUGGUUUAGUCUUGUCUCCGUUACCGGUCGGUGCGUGGGCGUUUCUUGGAUUGACCACGGCGGUGGUGACGAAGACGUUGACCUUCGCGCAAGCGUUUGGCGCGAUGACGAACGAUGUCAUUUGGCUGAUUGUUUUGGCAUUUUUCUUUGCCAGAGGAUUCGUGUCCACUGGUUUGGGCGAUCGCAUCGCGACUAUGUUUGUCGAGAAGCUCGGUAAGUCUACGCUCGGUUUAUCCUACGGGUUGAGCAUUUCCGAAGCUGUGUUGGCGCCGGCGAUGCCGUCGACGACCGCGAGAGCCGGCGGCGUCUAUUUGCCCAUCAUCUCUUCGUUGGCCAAAAGUAACGGGUCUGAACCUGGACCGACGGCAAAGAAGAUGGGUUCAUUUCUCAUGCAAACGCAAUUGCAAUGCUCUGGUCAUUCGUCCGCUUUGUGCAUGACGGCUGCGGCGCAAAACUUGCUGUCCUUAAAGUUAGCCGCCGGGUUGGGGAUCGUCAUCGCGAACCCGUGGAUCACGUGGUUCAAAGCCGCCUGCGUUCCGGGCAUUCUCGGUUUACUCUUGACGCCGCUCUUGGUGUAUAAGCUAUUCCCGCCUGAAAUUCAAGACACGCCAGAAGCUCCCGCGAUGGCGAAGGAGAAGUUGAAGAAACUCGGCCCGUUAUCGCAAGACGAAUUGGCCGUGGUUAUCACCAUGAGCAUCACCGUGUUUUGCUGGAUCUUCCAACCGUUUGGGAUUACCCCGGUGAUUUCCGCCAUGUUUGGCAUGUCUAUGCAAUUAUUUGCCGGUGUUAUUAAAUGGGCCGAUUGCUUGAACGAAAAAGGCGCUUGGGAUACGCUCGUUUGGUUUGCCGUGUUGAUCGGCAUGUCCGCGCAGUUGAACGAACUCGGGUUUAUUCAAUUCAUCGCGACGAAAGUUUCGGCGGCUUUAACCGCCGCGAACUUGGCGUGGCCGCAAGUAUUCUUGGUUUUACACGUCAGUUACUUUGCCAUUCACUACUUUUUUGCCUCGCAAACUGCGCAAGUCGCGGCGUUAUCGACGGCAUUUUUGGCCAUGAUGUUAGCCUCGGGCGUCCCGCCGAUGCUCGCCGGUUUAACUAUGGCGUUUCACACCAACUUGUUCGGCGCCAUCACGCACUACGCCAGCGGUCAAUCUGCCGUGUACUUUGGUUCCGGUUACGUAGAGUUGAAGGAUUACUUCCGUCUUGGCGCGAUUGUUGGAGCGUUUAACUUUAUCUUGUGGGCAGUCGUCGGCGGCGCGUGGUGGAAAGUUAUCGGGCUUUACUAA